GCCGCACCACCUCCUCCUUCUCUCCUCCCUUUGUGCGGUUGACAAGCUCCUUCCUUCUCGGUCGGGACUGGAACACACAGAGAUAAUGGCUGUACCUCCCACCUACGUUGACCUUGGAAAGUCUGCCAGGGAUGUUUUUACCAAGGGAUAUGGCUUCGGGCUCAUAAAGCUGGACUUGAAAACAAAGUCUGAGAAUGGACUGGAGUUCACCAGCACAGGCUCUGCCAAUACUGAGACCAGCAAGGUUGCUGGAUCCCUGGAGACCAAGUACAAGUGGUCGGAACAUGGACUCACCUUCACAGAGAAGUGGAACACCGACAACACCCUGGGAACAGAGAUCACCCUUGAAGACCAGUUGGCUAAGGGGCUGAAGUUGACGUUUGAUUCCUCUUUCUCACCAAACACCGGCAAGAAGAGCGGCAAGAUCAAGACAGGCUACAAGUGUGACCACAUCAACCUUGGCUGUGACGUUCACUAUGACAUCAAUGGUACAGCCAUCCAUGGUGCAGCAGUGGUGGGCUACGAGGGCUGGCUGGCCGGCUACCAGAUGACCUUUGAGGCCGGCAGGAACAGGAUCACCCAGAGCAACUUUGCGGUUGGAUACAAGACUGACGAGUUCCAGCUCCAUACGAAUGUAAAUGAUGGCACUGAGUUUGGUGGCUCCAUCUACCAGAAGGUGAAUGACCAGCUGGAGACUGCCGUCAAUCUGGCCUGGACUGCUGGAAACAGCAACACCCGCUUUGGCAUUGCUGCCAAGUAUCAGAUUGAUCCUGAUGCAUCCUUCACUGCCAAGGUGAACAACUCCAGCCUCGUUGGCCUGGGCUACACUCAGACCCUGAAGCCAGGCAUCAAGCUGACACUCUCCGCUCUCCUUGAUGGCAAGAACAUUAAUGCUGGUGGCCACAAGCUUGGUCUUGGCCUCGAGUUCCAAGCGUAGGAGGAGCAGACAGAUACCCUUCCAGUCCUCCCAGCGCACAUGCAUUCCCCACCAAAAAAAUAAAAAUCCAAAUCCUUUAUUGAUUUAGCUAGCCCUCACAAAACCCUUGUUUCCCCUAGACGUGCUACAGCUGGAAGCAAGGCAGCAUAAAGGUUAAAUUGUUCUGACGAUCUACCACUUUUAAAGGACCACUUUAAGGGAACAUUAUAUUUUGAAAAUAACGAGCCCAGUUCAGAACAAAACUUCAACCGUUUAACAGAAACUUUUAUCUUGAAUUGUGUAGCUUGCAAGGGAAAAGUAGCCUUGAGUACACUCGUGUUGGCCUCACUCUUUGUCAUUUCACUAUAUUCAUACACAACGCUUUAAUUUGUGUGUGUCUCUCUGCUUUCCAAUGCAGAUAAAAGGGAAGAUCAAAACUAGUUCAGCCCAAAAUGCAAAAAGGGCUUGAGACACAGCGUACAGUUGAGUAGUCACACCACCAGAGGGUGCUGUUGCAUUGCACCACUAAGCACUCCCCACUCAAAAGAAGUAGUGGUGAAAUAAUUUUAUUUGAUCACUUUUGCACUGGAGAGCUCGAGUGUUUGUCUGGAUAUAUUAUAAAAUGGGAAGGGUUAGUUGUCCCUGAUGUAAGCGGCUGUCAGUAGCUCAAAGAGACACUACACCCCAAUGCGUACAUUCUGUGUUUUCGUCUCACUUGUCUUUUGUGUCUGUGCAUUGGUGUGAAUCAUGUCUUUUGUUACAUAUAGCAAAAAGAAUAUUAUUUUAUUGACAGUCUUGCAUAGUUGAAUCCACCUAUGAAGUCUUAACUGUCAAUUCUUCCUGGUCGAGCAAACGAAAGGAAACCUAUCACGCGCACAGUUGAACAUCUCUCGAUAAGUAUUUCUUUGAAGGAGAAUGAAAAGAGUAAAUACAGUGGACAGGAAAUGGCAGUCUUCCACAACUGGUUAUGGGAAUCAUGCUUAGUGUACUUGACAGUAUUGUCAUUCCCUGAAAUAAAUAAAGAAUAUCUUGAACCAG